UGACACAUCCAUCAGCUGAUAUACUUAUAUACACGGUAGAUCUCUGCUAUCAAACAAUCGACUCGCAGUCGCAUGAAGCGACAACAUGGAUUAUCAUUUAGUUCUUCUCUUGUCCCUAGUAGCGGGAUCGCUAGCGGGACCUGUUCAGAGAUCUGGAUUAUUAGGGCAAACAUCAUGCGCUAAACAAUGCACUGACAAGAGUAAAUUUGGAUACAAGAUCGGAGAAACCUACAGAUUUACAUACGAAGGAGAAACAAAGACCAGUAUUAAUGGCGGGAACAAGGAACAAUCGGGACUCAAAUUCACAGCUACAGCUCUUGUUGAAGUUCUCUCCAAGUGUGAACUGUCACUCAAGAUAGAGGAUGCUGUGUUGUCUGGAUCUGACCCUAACUACCCCAAGAGUCUGUUGACAGACACUCAGUCCAACGAGUUCAAGACAGCUCUGGAGGAACACCCUCUGCGCUUUUCUUUCCAAGAUGGUAUCAUGGAGGAGUUAUGUCCCCUACCUGAGGAGAGUGCUUGGGUACUCAAUAUCAAAAAGGGUAUCUUGUCCUCACUCCAAAACACCAUGGACACAUUCAAAACAGAACAAAACCUUGUGGAGACUGAUGUGGCUGGAAAAUGCAGAACAAAGUACAAUCUGAAACAGGAGGGAUGGAGGUCAGUGUCCAUUGUAAAGUCUAAGGACAUCAGCACCUGUCUGAAUCGCCAUGGAUUUGACACCUCCAUGGGAUACAUCCUGUAUGAGGUCCCCUCUAGUCUUCAGUCCCUUCCCAUCAUGAACAGCAGCCAUGAAUGUGAGCAGAAGAUUUCUACAGAUGGUCACAUGGAGAGCGUCCUGUGUCAUGAGGUUCAUCUGUUCAAACCCUUCUCCCAGGGAGACAGUGGUGCCAUGACAGAGGUCACACAGAAACUGGCCUUUGUGUCCAAGUCCACCGGAACCACAACUCGAAUGGCUGAGGUCAGCAGAAGAGACACACUCUUGUUCACCCAGGUUCAUGGAGAAAAAGCAAUCACCACCUCCAAGAAACAAGUUCAGGACAAACUGAAGGAACUGUGUCUGACAACAGAGAAUGGCAUCCGCCCAGAGACCCCUGAUCUCUUUGCCCAGCUUGUCAUGCUCAUGAAAAAGCUGGAUGCCACAUCAAUGGCUGAAAUCUUUGAAGAUGUGAAAGCUACCUCUUACUGCCCAAACAACAUGCAGAGAACCAAGAAAUUCUACAUGGAUGCCAUUCCAAUGGUUGGAACAGGAGCAGCAGUCAGACAGAUAACACAGCUCAUCAUGAACAACGAUGUGACUGGUGCCCUCACUGAGUCUUGGCUGGUCUCCCUCUCCUUCAUCCAACACCCAACCAAAGACAUGCUGACAGAAAUUGCUAAAAUGAUGAACACUGUUCAUGGCACCAAGAUUUUGCUCCCAAUGUCCACCCUGAUGCACACCUACUGCCAGAAACAGUCUUGUGAACAAGACAGUGACAUUUCUGAUAUCCUCAACAAAAUGACAGCCAAUCUAGGCAAUGACUGCAACGGUGCCAAUGAAGAGAAGGUAAUCUUGACCCUGAGAGCCAUUGGAAACAUUGAGCAGACUCAGACAAUGAUUCCAGUACUGGAAAAGUGUUUUUCAAGGAAGAAUAAUGCCAUGAGAAUAAGAGUGGCUGCUGUGGAAGCCUACCGUAGAAUGCCCUGUGCUGCUGAUAGAAACAACCUGAUAGCUCUGUUUCGUAACACUGAUGAAGACUCUGAGCUGCGUUUAGCUGCUUACCUCCAAGUCAUGAAAUGUCCUACUGACAACAUUCUCCAGCAAAUCAAGGAGACUCUUAUGUCAGAGGAAGUGAACCAAGUUGGCAGUUUUGUUUGGACCCACUUAAUGAACUUGAGGGAAUCCUCCAGUCCUUACAAGGAAACAGUCAAAACCAUGCUGGAGAGUGAUGACCUUCCCAAGAAAUUUGACCUUGAUCAGCGCAAGUUCUCCAGAAACUAUGAAUGGUCUCACUACUCACAGGAACUAAAUAUGGGUGGAAUGCUGGACAGCAACCUGAUUUGGUCCCCGGAAUCUUUCGUCCCCAGGUCAGUGUCUGCUAACCUGUCUGUUGAGUUGUUCGGACAUUCAGUGAAUUUGUUGGAGAUCGGAGGACGUGCAGAAGGUCUUGAUUACCUUCUGGAAUCCUACUUUGGACCAUCUGGAUACUUCAAGGAUGGAACCAUUAAUCCAGAUGAGAAGGAUUGCAGCGACAUCAAAAUGAAGAAACUGGAAAAAGUCGACAGGAAUUUUGACAAGAAGGUACAGGAGCUGAAGGGAGCCAUGUAUGCCAGAGUGUUUGGAAAUGAAGUUCUCUACAACCAGCUUGGACAAUCUGCACCCAAAGCAUCAGGAUCAAGCUUCAAUUUCUUGAAAAUGUACCAGGAACUAGCUAAAGGAAAUGAGAUUUCAUACACAAAGAGCAAUAUGUUCUUGGACAGCAGCCUUAUUGUGCCCACCAUUAUUGGUCUUCCACUGAACCUGACCGUAAAUGGAACAGUCAGUGUGGAUCUUAAGGGCCGUGCCACCAUUGACCUCACCAAGCCACACAAGAAAAUCCUUAUCGAUGGAAUCAUUGAACCAAGUGGAGCUGUGGAAUUUGCCUCAAUGAUGAGUGUAGAUGCAUACUUUACCAAAAGUGGAAUCAAAAUGACCUCCACCCUCCACUCCAGCACUGGUGUCAGCACCAAGAUAGAAAUCAAGAACAAGCAGGAAUAUGUCUUCAACUUUGAUGUACCAAAGACAAAGUCAGAAAUUGUUACAGCAAGGUCAGAAUUAUUCCUGGUUUUCAAGGAUCAAGAGAAGAAGCAAGUGCCUGCUUCUGAGGACAUUACCACCAGAAAGUUUUGUUCCGGACACACUAUUGUCCAGCUGACUGGUCUGGAGCUGUGUGGAGACAUGAUGUAUCCAGUCAGUAAGGACAAUGCUCUUGGGUUCCCACUGAGUGGUCCAGCUCACAGUGUGGUUCUUCUACACAAGAGAGACAGUCACAAAGGCUACCAACUAGAGAUCAACCAGAUUGAUAACAAAAAGCUUCUGCAUUUCAAAGUCUUCUAUGACACUCCUGGAUCAAGCACUGAGAGAGCAACAGGAUUUGAACUGGAAGUGAACAAAGACACUAAGAUCCUGAAGUCAAGCCUGAUUUCUCCAUGGAAGAAGGCUAGAUUUACAGGAAGUUUAGUUAAUGGACAGAAAGAGAAGAAACUGUCUGGUCUUGCUACUGUGGACGAGACUCAAGAAUACAGGUUCGACUCUUCUGUCGGAAUCAACACCAAGGGCCCCCAGACCAAAUAUAAGCCCAAGGUGGUCAUUAGCUAUCCCAAUGCAGCCCCUCUUAGCUUGGAUGGAUCUGUGGAUGUUGUGAACAGCAAACAAAAACAAACUCUGGACUCAGUUGUUGUACUGAAGGGAAUACAAGAUGAUCCGAUCACCAUUAAUGUUGAUAUCAAGAACACACCAAAAGCAAAAGGAGUCACCUUGAAGUAUACCUAUGAGAAAAAGAAGGAGUACUCUGCUGAAAUCCUUGCAAAACUCUCUGACACAAAGAACAAAAUGAUUGCUUAUCCCAAACUGUAUAUUAAAACCCCAACAAAGGACCUAAUCAAUGUCAAAGGCUCCAUUUCUGGAAAACCAGGAUCUAACAUCAGGGUAGUUAUUACAGAGGAUAAGCUGUUUAGAACUCCUAUAAGUGUAAAAGGGGAUGUCAAAAAAAUUGAAAGAGGAAAGCGGGUGUUCUACAAAGUAAGAGCAAACUACAAAGGACCUCAGAAAACCACGGCAAGAGUUCGUCUUAACACGGACAAGAAACCUAAAAGUUUUGGGUGUAAAAUGAUUGGAGACUACAAUUUUGUCCGCAUUUUCAAAUGGGCAAAGGAUAAAUUUGAAUACAGCAGCAAGAUCCUUAACAAAGGCACAAGAACACUGACAAGUAUUGAAGUAAAAUCAGACUUCAAAUCAUCUCGCUAUUCCACCUACAACAACCUUCUCCAAUUGAAAUCUGUUCAUCGUUUUAAUCAAGUGGUGGAGAUCAAAUCUUCCUUUGACUAUGGAAGAACUUACACCAGCAAAGUUAAUAAACAGAGGGCUAUCGUAAAUGGCAUCGCAAAAUACAGCUUCAAAAAGAAUGGUGCCAGCAUCAACUAUAAUGUCUCCAUUGGUUAUCAACCAGCUGAUCUGGAUGCUUCCAUCACAGGCACACAUUCACACACACAAAAAAAUGUUAAGUCUAACUUCGCUAUUCGAUACGAAGACAAGAACAAAGUAACCGCCUCCCUAAGACUCAAUGAUGAGACCAAAAAGAUCCCCAAAUACAGUGGAAAGGCUACACUUUCGUACCCGGGAAGAGACAUUGAAAUAGAAGCAACAGGAUCUCGAAAAACUGACAGUAUGGGUGACAUAAAGUUAGUUAUUCAACACCAGAAAGGGGCAAAGUCCAUUGUAGCUGGAGAGUUCAACCAAAAGUCCAAUACAUCAGUGGAAUUUGCAUCAAAUCUCAAAAUCUACAAUCAGAAGCCAGUCUCUCUAAAUGUUGCCACUGAUAUCAGCCUAGCAAGCCCCAAACUUGACAUGACAGUGGUCUAUGAUAAUGAUCAGUAUGCUGUUAUGGCAUCAGGGGAGUACCAACAACAAAAGUAUGGUAAGAUCAUGUCCCAUGUUCAGUACCUUCAACGCAAGGUUGCAGUUGAAGUUGAAGGUGGAGAUAAGGAAGGACAGUACAUUGGGAAAGUGGAUGUAAGUUGGGAUGCCAUCCGUAAUGCAGACAAAAGAGUUUUGUUGCAAAGCAUUGCAAGAGUAAACAGCUGGAAAGACUUCAGAGUUAUCUCAAAUCUUGAAUACCCUGGUCAAAAAAUUGCAGGAGAGCUCGAAAACCUUAUCAAGGAGAGUUAUUCUUACAAGACAUCUGGAUCAGUCUCAUGGAUUCCUAAUCAGAGGGUAUUUGCUGAAGUAAAGCUCAUGGACAAUCGCAAGAAAUAUAGAGGGGCAACAGAGGCUUCUGUGUCUAUUCAGACAUCUUUCCAAAACUUUGAGGAAAUCAAUGUCAAAGUUGGAAACAGCUACACUAAACAUGAAUAUGAAGUACAAGCUGGUGUAACCUGGUCAAAGGGUCAAACGGUAUCAGUGACUGCAACAUCCAAAUAUCCACCCAUGAUACAGGACCUAAACCUCGAUAUUAAGAUGACCACACCAUUUGAAGCCUAUGGAAACCCACAUGUGAUUCUGAUCAACAAGCUCUCUUCCUCUCAGAAAUCCCACAGUGCAAGCUUACAAGUAGAGUGGGGACAGAAGCAGUUUGUUCAUAUUGAAACAAAUGGUGAAAACAUUGCUUAUGAACUUCAAAAAAGAGAGUUUACAAGAAAUAUUGGGUUCUCAUCCAGCAUCCUGAACUAUGAGAAAGUUAUCUUUAAUAUCACACAUGAAGAUAAUUUAGAGAAGUUCAGAUCCGUAGCUGCUAUUACUCAUAACAAUGACAAAUACCUGUACACAAUAACAAUGGACCACAAGUUAACAGGAUGGCAAUUAGACAGCCGAGGAACUUUUGAUAUCAAGGGACCCUAUGACACCAUGGUACUGAUCUGGUCCCACAAAAACACUGACCGUGAUAUCAGAAGUACAGCAGAGAUCAACUGGGGAAAGAAACAGAAGUUUACAGCCGAACUGACAGGUGAUAUCCAAACUGUUCCAAAUCAUAAAAUUACAAGCAGAUUCCAGAUGAAUGUCCCAUCUUCAUCACUGAGGAGAGUUGAUGCCGUAUUUGAGCAUGAGAACAAGAUUGGAUUCAUCAAAACGCUGGCUAAAAUCAUUGCUGACAAAGAAAACAUCGGAACCAUUGAUUUAAAUUAUGGAAGACAAACUAGUAAAACAUCUGUGGACCUUCAAAUUACCAGUAAAUACAUGGACGACUUCAGACUCAAGUCUUCAGUAGAGAGUGCUAACAUGCCAAUCAAGUCUAGUUUAGAAAUUCAAUGGAAGCCAUACCAAAAAAUCACUGGGUCUUUCACUCAUUCAGACAUUUUAAAUAAUAUAGAAAGCAAACUGACCUUAACUACUCCUUUCCCACAAGCCCGCAGUAUUAUCAUUGAUGCCAGCCAUAAAUUGAAUGGUUUGGAUUGGGAAGCAAAAGGUGCUGUUGAAUAUGCACCCAUGCAAAAAAUUACAAUUGGAGGAAUCUACAACAUACACACAACUAAAAAGGCUCGUGUCUACAUCACUUCACCUUUCCCAACAAUGCAAAGAUUUGAAACAGGGGUCAAUUUCAAUGGUAACUGGAGAAAGUUUUCCACUGACUUUGAUUUUGAAAUCAAUCCUCUUGUAAAGAAAAUAACAGCAUCCUCAGAGUGGAACCAUGAUCAUCUUAACACCCAUGGAUCAGUCAAGCUGAACACACCAUUCCCACAAUACCCUUACAUGCAGGCUGAAAUCCGUAGACAGAAUAAGGUCACAUCAGAAGAAACAAGCUUCAUGAUAGAGUAUCUUCCUACCCAGAAAAUUGAAGUCAUUGGUUCUUAUGUUGCUCAACCUAAAAAUCUACAAGGAACAUUCACUGUCAAAACUCCAGGAAACAUGCCAGCAGUUAUUAGUUACAGACAAAAUGGUGACAUCAAUGCAUUUGUUAAUCAUGCUGAAAUCAUUUACAAUGAAGAUCAGAAAGUUGUGUUGGACACUACGUUUGGCAUUGAACCUAAAGUGUCUGGAACCUUCCAUAUGGAAAGCCCAAUUAAAGGUUAUAACACUGUAGAUUUCCAAUUCAGCCAUGAAGGUAAAACAUGGAAAGAUCUGAGGACACAAUUUCUGUAUGGCACUAACAAGGAAAGAAUUGAAAUUGAAACUAUUUUUGACAUAAUUGGCACUAUUGAGGCAAAAGCCAUGAUUAAAACUCCAUUUGAAGUUUUGAAAAUUGCAGAAGCUAGCUUUUCUCAUGAUGGUACAUUCCCAAAUCUUAGAACUAACAUCAGGGGCAUUUUCAACAACUACAGUCUGGAGAGCAACCUUGAGACAUCUCACUCCAUGAGAAUCACAGGUAGUAAAAUUAAUUUAGCAACGACAUUCCCAGCUGUCAAAUUCAUAGAAUUAGCCAUAAAUCACGAGGGAUCAUUGGACAGUUUCCAAACACAUAUUGAAACUACUUACAACCAAAAGUUAAUCCAGGCUGACACAGUGUUUAGUCAUUCUGAUGACUUAACAGCAUUCACUUCCACUUUGAUUACACCACUGCAAGGAUGGGAAAAAACAAUGAUAACUUUUAACAGAGAUGGACCACUCAGCAAUUUCAAAUCCACAGCAGAAAUCAAAUACCAAGAUAAAAAAAUUGCUGCAAGCUAUGACCACAGUUUUAAAAAUGGUGAUGUAGCAACCACAGCCACACUUUUCACUCCAUACACCAAUGAUAUUGUGUUCAAGUUGGACCAGAAUCAAAAGAAGAGAGGGUUCACAACCAAUAUUGAGUUCACAAUGGGAACUGACAAUGAAUGGAGAUCCCGAACAAACUACAAGCUUCGCAACAAUGAAUUUAUACUAGACAUUGAUGAAACUUUAAUUAUGGCAGGUGAAAGAUAUACUGGAAGUUUCAAUAUUGAUCAUGCAGGAGUUCUUCUGGCAUUCUCCACCAAAGUUUCUGGAAAGUUACAAUCACACAGCAUAGGUACAGAUGUUGAAUUCAAUGCACAGUCACUAGAUGAUAUUUCUGCCUCAGUGAAAAUUGAUUCAUCCUUCAAAAAUUACACUGAAAUGGAUCUUGCUGUUACACACAAACUGGUCCAAGGAAAAUAUAAAACAGGAGUCAAAGCAAGUCUGGAAAAGAAACAUACGGUAGCUGUUACUAGUGAAGUCAUUGUUCAGAUUCCAAAAACUGGUAUUAAAGUUGAUUUGCAAACAUCUUUUAGUGGCUAUGAAUCAGCGUCUGCCAGCAUCAAAACUGAUAGAUCCUCAGAUGGAUACAAAGGAGCAAUUCAAAUUGUGUAUUCCAAAGGAGAAAAAAUAACAGCUGAUGGUACAUUCAAGGCAGAAUUGCCAGUUGUGGAUGCCAACAUUCAGGUGACCACACCUUAUAAAGGACUCGAAAGUGUUGUGGUCAAGGCAAAGUCUUCAAAAUCUACCGCAGACUUUGAAGUUAGAUACGGGGACAGUCAGAAGAUCACAGGCUCUAUGUCUCAUAUCAUUGAUCUUCCAACUAUCAAUGUAAAUUGGGCUGUCACUACUUCUAUGAACACUGUGUCUGCAGAAUUCAACAACAAAAAAGUGGGCAACAGAUACACAACCACCAUUUCAACCAAUAUCAAUGGUAAGAAGAGUUCUGCAAAAUCUAUGGUUUCAGUUGAUUUACCAUCAAUUGAUAUGGAAGUUUCCAUCAAGGAUUCUCCUCUCAAAGAAUUUGUGGACUCUGAUGAACUCCCAUCAGAUUUAACACUAGUUGUUAGAAAUCUGGUUGGAACACCAAUGAUAUCCACAGAUAUCUACUUGACUGUUGAUGGCACCGAAAAGGCCAGAAUAAAAUCAGGAAUUAACACUGAUGAUAUGGUUGGAGAUAUCGUUAUUACCUUUUUAGAUGAAAAACUCAUUUCAAUAUCUCAUAAGGCAGAGGACAAGUGGACACGCACAUCAAAUGCUGCUUUGAAAUGGAAUGAUAUUAAUCAUAUGUCCACUGCUUCAAGAUGCAUGAUAAAUCUACCUGACAUUGACUGCUCAGUCACAGUGGAAUCAACAUAUCACAGAGACAUUAAAAUCUCUGUAGUGAAUACUGUAACUGAUCAACUGAUUUCCUCUUCUGCUUCUGCUUUCUUUGGAACUGCGCUAAGAUACAGUGGAGAAAUGACCCUGUCACCUAAUCCAUCUGAUAUUCAGUUUACCUUGAAACUUUUAACUCCACAUGAAAAUUUUACAACAUCAGAAGUAUCAUUCACUCACACUGAAAAAAGUAAGACUUACUCAACUAAACUGGUGGUUUCUUCUGACAAAAUUUCCACCAUCACUCUGGAAGGCAGAAACAGACUCCAGACCAUUUUUGAUUUGGAUCUUUUCGGCAAAAUAACAAGUGAUUUUGAAGCUAUUAGACUUUGUCAACUUAGUGUCACAAGUCGAAAGCAAGGAGAUGAAUAUAUCAUGCAAGUGGAAAACAUUAUGAAUCCAAGAAAAAGAACAAUUGUUGAUUUAUCUGUAGUUUUACCUGGUGAAAACCAACCACAAUCUAGAAUGCAUCUUUCUAUAGAAACACCUUUUGAAAAACUGAAGAGCUUCAAAUAUAAGGAGGAUGGAACUUCCAACAAAAAUGACAAACUGAUGAGAUCUUCAAGAACUGUCCUUAUCCAAUACAAUGGUGGUACAUAUUUGGAUAUAGAUGAAGCUGCAGACAUUUUGAUUGAUGAAGACUGGCUAUUUGAUUAUAAGCUGACUUUCAGACAUCCUAGACAAAUGGAAUAUUCAUUCAAUUCAAAGAAAGAAAACAGUCUUUUUACAGGUGAAUCUACCAUAAACUGGAACAAGGCAGACAUCAAUAGCAACUUCCAAGUCAAAGGCCAAGCAUCCAUUGUUAAUGACAAAGACCUUCAUAAUCAAGUACAACUGGAAGUUGUUCAUGCUACAAGAACAGUUGGUAUUGAUGCAAUUCUUCAUAAAACUUCCAACACAAAGAGGUCUAAAUUCAUUGUAACAUGGGACAAAGACAACAGCAAAAAAGCAGGAUUUGACCUUCACCAAGAUAACAACAAGUAUUCCACAAAGGUUGUAACUCCAACAAGAUCAAUUGAACUAGUCAAUGAAUAUGACGACAGUGCUCCUGUGGUAUGGAGUGAGAACACCUUGUAUUGGGAUGCAGACAUGGAUACAGACAAAAAAGCUAGUAUUCGCCUCACAUGCUCCUCUGGCGAACGCAACAAUGACCAUAAAAUUGACAUCAAACUGCCAACUUUCAACAAGGAAUACACUAUCAACACAUCCACUCGGCAAACUUCAAAAUUAUUUGAAAGCACUGUGGAGUUUUCCUACUCUCCAAAAAGGAAUAGGAAGAUAGUAAUGUCAGUCAGAUUGGACGAUAAGUCUACAGGACCCCAGUCCUCUAACUACAGCUGGGCUAUAGGAAUGUCUCAGGGAUACAGUAACCUUGAUAUGACCCUGAGUGGGCACCUUGGACAGUCUGAUGACAUUGAUACAUUUGGUGCCAACAUUCAAUAUCUCACCAACCAAAGAAAGACGGAGAACUUGAAUAUGUUCAUGGAGAUCAAGAAACUGCAGAGAGAGAUUGGUCUUUAUAUGUAUGAACCAAAAGGAAAAUCUAUGGGUAUCAUUGGCCGUGUAGAAUCUACAUCACCCCUGCUGGUAACAGUAGGCUGUUUGGACGAGGGCAGGCAUUCUGAGAACCUCAUAGUAAAAGUGGAUGAGAACAAACGAAGUGUUGAAAUCAAAGCCAAAUACGACUCGGAAAACCCCAACUCAGCCCUACACAUGAAAGCAGAGUUGCCAACCAAGAAAGAUCUUCAGGUUGAGCUCUACAGAACUGGUAACUUUGAGCAGGUCACUGAAUCACUCAUCAACAUCCAGCUCAAAGACUCAAGAAUCCUACAUGGAAAGAUCAACUGGAGACCAGAAAUGUUUGCUGAUGCCAUGGAAUUUACAGCCAAGAGAAUGAUGAAGGAUGCCACAGAAGCUAAUGCUGCAUUGUUAGAAGUGGGAACUGAAAUUGCUGAAGAACUGGCUGGAAAAGACUCCAAAUUUAGCAAGGAAUUGAUGGAUGAGAUUCAACCUUUUGCUGAAGCUCUGGCUAAAGAAAUUGAUAACUUCCAAGAUGAACUUAAAAUCUUUAAGCAGAAACUGACAGAAAUGAAGAGAGACAAUGAUCUAUAUCUUGGGGAUAUGAGCCAGUUCUUCAACAACUGCACUCAAGAAUUCAUUGUACAGUAUGAAAAAGCCAAGAGAUCCAUGCAGACAACAUACAGUGACCUGAAGACAAAAAUCAUUGAACUAUCCAAUGAUAUCAAGACUUAUCCAUUUGAAAAGGAAUACACCAAGAUAGUCAAUGAACUUUCAUCCAAAUUUGAGGAAUACAAGACAGAGGUACACAGCAUGAUGAUGAAGGAGGUAGACACAAUGACAGCUAGCAUCAAAGCAAACAUUCGCACGCUUCAGCGGAAGAUCAAAGAACUCCUCCAAAAGACAAAGGCAAUCGCCUCAGAAAAACUGGACUUGAUCCUUCAGCACCCUGACAUCAUAAAAAUGCAGCAACAAAUAUCUGAGAGACUUCCAGCCAUGCCAGAGUAUAGCAUGGUUGUUAAAAAGGUUAAAUCUGCAGUAAAGAAUGUCGAUCCUAUGAAGCCCUACAAUGAUGUAGUUACAAAGGUGACUUCGGUUGUGCAAAGCAAGUACGAGGAACUCAAUCAGGACAAAGACUUUGUCAAAUUCAAAAUACUCAUAACGGAAAUUUAUGAAGAGCUGUCCACUGGAUUUGAGUUCCUGUCCAUCAAGAAGCAACUCAUGGACAUCGCAACUCAAAUGCAUAGUGACAUCAAGAAAUUUAUAGUUGAGGACAUUGCUGAAAUGAAGAUUCUGGGAUUGGACAAAUCCAGAGUCAUCGCUUUUGACCCUGAGAAUGGCAACAUUGAAGUCGAAAUUUACAUGCCCACUGGAAUGGAAACCCUAGAUCGUCUACCAAAGAUACCAGUCACAAAAUUCAGGAAUGUCAUGAAAGACUUCGCAGGCAAAGUCCAGACUGUUAUCCCUGACUCAGACUUCAACCUCUGGGACAUUUACUAUAGAGUUAGACCCGCAAGUCUGCACCCCAUCGACUGGAUUCCACCAUUCAAAGGGUAUGCCUAUGUGGCUGGUAACAGGCAUUUCAUCACAUUUGACGGAAAGAAUUUUGACUUUUCUGGAGACUGCAGCUUUGUCUUGACUCGUGACCUGGUUGACAACAACUUCACAGUCAUCAUGAACUACAAGCCAAACGAGAACAUCAUGGAUAAUCUCCUGGUUCUUGCAGAAGGAAAAACCAUUGAAAUCUUCCCAGAUUUCACUGUAAAGAUUGAUGGCAAGCCCCAUGAAUUCCCAUACAUGUCACACAAGCUGAGCCUGGAGAGAGUAGGAGACUGGAUCAAACUAGAUACCGGACGUGGUCUGAUCAUAACCGGGGACCUCCCAAGCAACGUUUUCACAAUUGAAGUCAGUGGCUGGUACUUUGGAAAAUUGGCAGGUAUACUUGGAACCUACAACAAUGAGCAGUACGAUGAACUAACAACAGGUGACAACAAGAUUGUCAAAAAUGAGGACAGCUUCUACAACAGUUGGGAAGUCAGCAAGAAAUGCAGGCCCAAUGGAAACAAUGCUGUGGACAUCAUCCAGGAUGAGAGUGAUGUCAAGUACAUCAAAUGUGCUAAAGUCCUCAAGUCAACCGACUCGGUGCUCAGGCCAUGCUUCAGACAGGUUAAUCCAGACAAAGCUUUUGAGAUGUGCUUGAACCGAGAUGAUAUGUGUGCUGCCUCCAGAUUCUAUCUUCAUCAGUGUCGUCAACAGGGUGUAUAUCUGCCUCCUCCUAAAGAAUGUGUUCAGUGUGUUGCCCCCAAUGCUGAGAGUUUCGUGGCUGGUGAGACCAUUAGGAUUUCUCCAAGGAGUGAUGACUACCAGCCUAUUUCGUCAGCAGACACAAUCUUCAUUGUGGAGGAGAAACCAUGCAAUAAGGAGACAACCAAACACCUUGGCUCUCUAGUCUAUGAAGUUGAACAAGAACUCACUAAAGCUGGUAUUUCAAACAACAAAUAUGGAUUGAUUGGGUUUAACAAGAAGGGAUCACACAGUCAUACAAUGGAUGGCCAGUUACUCAAUGAUGCUACCAAUUUUGUCAAGGGUGUAGAAAGUCUCACCUUCACUAGCUACAAGACAGACACAUUAGAUGCUAUCCUCCAGGCUGCCAAUUAUCCAUUCCGUGCCGGUGUUGUCAAGAACAUUAUUCUUUUGCAAUGUGGAGGUUGCUCUGAUCUCAAAACCAUUCAGUACCAACAAGUUAGACACACUCUGCAGGCCAGAAACAUUCAAUUCCACAUUCUGAGAGACCAGGAAUUCAUGCUUGGAAACAAAACUCCAAAACAGAAAAUCUUGGGAAUGGACCGCACAAGGAAAUAUGUCCUUCAGAACUCUAAUGACAAGAGCCUUGAGAACAUGGGUUAUUCAGUGGACACCUGCUCACACCUGGCCCUACUGUCCAAUGGUUCAAUCUUUGAUUCCAGCUCACUUUCCCUAAAGAAAGUCCGCCACCAGAAAAUGGCCAUUGACACCAUCAGUAACCGCAUAGCUAAAUCCUCUUUACCCUCCCAAUGCCAAGUCUGUACUUGUGAGGCCGAUGAGACUGGGGCUGCUAAGUCAGUCUGUAGAAGUUGUUACUCAGAAAUGACAGAUUAUAUUAGCCUCUGGUGGAACACAUUUAGGCACCCAAUGACCAUUGAGCAAGAGAUUAACAAACAGUUUCAGGAGUUCUUGAAUGCAAAGAAAAAUUGGGCAGUACUGACAGCGUAAAUGAGAAAAAUGAACAAACUUUAUACCUGAUGAUCCCCCUGUGAUUUGUGCAAUGAUCAAUGCAGAAAAAACAUUAUUAGUAUCAUUACAAAUGUACUCAUUUUUAUCACUACUCAUUUUUAUUCAUUUAAAACUAUCGUGUGAGUUUUCCUCUUUAAUCUUACCAAUCAAAAAAAUGUUUGAAUAAAAAUCCUGUAAAUACUUUGACUUUAUUUAUUGUUAAGUAAUAUGUAAUAAAAUAUUUGAAUAAUGAA